CAUUUACUUUUCCAUUUGGAAUACAAACCCACACAAUAUAUAUAAUAUGUACUCAAUAUAGGAACCCGAGGCAAUAGAGAAAUAAAUAAAAAAUGCUGUUAGUUAUAGUGGUAAUCCUGGUCCUUUUGGAAUCGACUUGUGGCUUCAUCAUCACAGUGGAUGCCCACGAGACGAUGUGCUUCUACGAUCACGCCAAUGUCAGCGAUAAGGUGACCAUAUCCUUCGAGGUCAUGGACGGCGGCUUCAAGGAUGUGGGUGUGGAGAUCUCGGGACCUCGAAAUGAUCGCCUCCACCACUCGGAACAGGACACCGUGGGCAGUUUCACCUUCACGGCCAUGAAAGAUGGGCAAUAUCAGCUGUGUUUCGACAAUAAAAUGUCCACGCUGACUCCCAAGGUCCUGAUGUUCCAGUUCCAUAUAGCCAGGGCCUUGAAAUACUACCAGGAUACUUCGAACCGAUGGGACGAUGUCAUCGAGCAGGCGACCGUUCAAUCAAUGAUCAACGAAUUGUCCUCCAAACUGGGAGCCGUGAAGAUGGAACAGGAAUAUAUGCACUUUCGCUAUCGCGGUCACUUGGAAGUCAGCGAUAUGGUGGAAUUCCGGGUCCUCGCAUGGUCUAUAUUUGGCCCCAUGAUGCUGAUUAUUAUGACCAUUUUGGAGGUGUACUACCUCAAAGCACUUCUUUGAAGUCCGG